CCGGAGUUGGGGCUGAACUCCGUCAUAUAAAGCUGCUCCGGUCCGCGGCGCGGGCCACUCGCACCGGAGAAGAGCCGCUGUCGCCGCCGAAACUUCUCGUUUCCGCCCCCGCCGCAGCUGGAGACAGAAGAGAAGCCCCUCGACACCACCUGCCAACAUGAGCGAGAGACAAGGAUCUGGAGCGGCUGCCGGCAACAACAAGAUCUCUGGAGCACAAGAUGCGUCCAAGACGACGGACGUCCCGGAGGACUUUGACAUCGACAUGGAAAACCCCGAGACCGAAAAGGCCGCGGUCGCCAUCCAGUCCCAGUUCAGGAGGUUCCAGAAGAAGAAGCGCGUGGAGAAGUCCUAGUGACGCGGCGGCUCGGGGACGGCGGUGUGACAUUUGCAUGUGAACAAAUUCAUACCUGUUGGAACCUCCAGGGGGUUGUGAUGGGUUUCGGGGGGGCGGGGGGUGUAGAGAAUGCAAUAGCCUGUUACAUCAUAUUACAUGUCUGUGAACUUUUCAAUUUCCUAUUAUGAUAAUUAUUAUUUAUUAUUAUUUGACUGCUGUAUCGAUAAAUAAGUAACAAAGGGUAUAAAGAUCUGGGUUCUGUCCUGACACGUGUUCCGUGUAUCAUAAAGUCUAGCUGGUGUUUGUGUUAGAAUAUGUUUUUGUACUUAUACCUGCAACCCCCCCCCUUUUGUUCUGCUGAGGACGAUGUUUCCUGAAAUCACCUGUAACUUGUUUGACCCGACGGAGCUGAAAACUGACGUUACCGUAGAUCGAAGGUUGUUUUUAGAAAACUCGGAGCUUUUCCAUCCUGAACAGAAUGUUUCACCCAGAGGUGUUUUUUUUCUUUCUUCUUCUUCUUCUUCUUCUUCUCACCCGCAUGGUUCUAUCAAGCUGUGAAUCAAUAUACGUUGAAUAAAUAAAGACUCUGUGUGGAAA